UUCUCGCCUCCCCUGACUCCGCCCCGCCCCGCCCCGCUCGCCCCCGGCCGGCAUUCCUGCUCCUCGCGUGCUCCUCGGCGUGUACGCGACCGUGGCGCGGGGGUGGUAGAGGCUGCUCCGACCCGCCCGUCCUCCGUCCGCCGUCCGCUGGUGAGGCACAAGCCUGGCCUUCUGUGAACCGGCAAGAUGCAGCCACCGCAGCCGCGACCUGAGGACUACUCGUUGAAAGAGACAACACCCCGCCUUGGGGGUUUUAUGGCAGCAGGGGACAAGCGCACAAGUACAUACGACCUUGUGGAGCAGAUGCCAUAUCUCUACGUGCGCGCUGUCAAGGCCAAAGACCUCCAUGCCAAGGAUGGGACUGGGAGCUGUGACCCAUCGGUGGAGAUCAAGCUUGGGAAUUACAGGUGCACCACCCGUCAGUUUGAGAAGAAUACUAACACGGAGUGGAACCAAGUCUUUGCCUUUCCCAAGGAACGCAUCCAGUCCUCCUAUAUUGAGAUCACUGUCAAAGACAAGGACGAUUUCAUUGGGCGAGUCAUCUUUGACCUCAAUGAAGUACCAAAGAGAGUCCCACCUGACAGUCCUUUAGCACCAGAGUGGUACCGUCUUGAGGGUCGGAAGGAGGGAAGGGUUGGAGAGCUAAUGUUGGCUGUCUGGAUGGGUUCACAGGCAGAUGAAGCUUUCCCAGAAGCUUGGCAUGCUGAUGCUGCGUCAGUGCCUAGCGAUGGUCUAGCAAGCAUAAGGUCUAAGGUGUAUUUAACUCCUAAGCUUUGGUAUCUCAGGGUAAAUGUUAUUGAGGCACAAGACCUGGUACCAAGUGACAAGUGCCGGUAUCCAGAAGUUUAUGUGAAAGCUACACUUGGGAAUCAGUCCUUGAGGACAAGGAUAUCUGCAAGCAAGAGUGUUAACCCCAUGUGGAAUGAGGAUCUGAUGUUUGUGGCAGCUGAACCAUUUGAGGAGCACUUGAUUCUUAGCGUCGAGGAUCGGAUUGCGCCAAACAAGGACGAGGUAUUAGGGAAAGCAUGUAUUCCACUGCAGAAUGUAGACAGGAGGCCUGACCACAGGCCAGUGCACAGCCGGUGGUGUAAUCUUGAGAAGCAUGUAGCAGGAGAUGGGGAACAGAAGAAAAAAGAUGUCAAGUUCUCUAGUCGUAUUCACCUCAGGAUUUCUUUGGAUGGUGGGUAUCAUGUUCUGGAUGAGUCAGCACAUUACAGUAGCGAUCUGAGGGCCACUGAGAAACAGCUGUGGAAGCCUAGCAUUGGGGUUCUUGAGCUAGGAAUCCUAAAUGCUCAAGGAUUACUGGCAAUGAAGACUAAGGAUGGGCACGGCACCACAGAUUCUUACUGUGUUGCGAAGUACGGGCACAAGUGGGUCAGAACAAGGACUAUCAUCGACAGUUUCACCCCAAAAUGGAAUGAACAAUACACCUGGGAUGUGUAUGAUCCUUGUACGGUGAUAACAGUUGGUGUGUUCGAUAACUGCCACUUGCAAGGGGAGAAGUCCAAAGGAAACAAGGAUAGCAGAAUUGGCAAGGUACGGAUCCGCCUGUCCACUCUUGAGUCUGGCAGAGUCUACACGCACUCGUACCCUCUUAUCAUUUUGCUUCCUACGGGCGUGAAGAAGAUGGGUGAAGUGCAGCUUGCUGUGCGCUUCACAUGCUACUCGCUGGUGAACAUGAUGCAGCUGUAUUCUCAGCCGCUGCUGCCAAAGAUGCACUAUGUUUACCCUCUGUCUGUCACGCAGCUUGAUGUUCUGAGGCUCCAGGCUACUCACAUGGUCUCGACGAAAUUGAGCCGUGCCGAGCCACCUCUCAGGAAGGAAGUUGUUGAGUACAUGUUGGAUGUGGAUUCUCACACGUGGAGCAUGAGGAAGAGCAAGGCAAACUUCUUCAGGAUUAUGAAAGUGUUGACCCCCCUUGUUGGAACUGCUCAAUGGUUUGAUAAGAUUUGUGAAUGGAAGAAUCCGCUGACCACUGUGUUGAUUCAUCUCCUGUUCAUCAUUUUGGUUAUGUUUCCAGAGCUGAUCCUUCCGACCGUUUCCCUGUAUCUGUUCUUGAUUGGGGUCUGGUUCUACCGGUGGAGGCCAAGGCAGCCACCUCACAUGGACACUCGUCUUUCACAUGCCGAGACCUCCAACCCUGAUGAGUUUGAUGAGGAGUUUGAUACUUUUCCUACAUCCCGUGCACAUGAUGUCGUUCGGAUGAGGUAUGAUCGACUGAGGAGCAUUGCAGGCAGGGUGCAGACAGUUGUUGGUGACUUGGCAACACAAGGUGAGAGGCUGCAGUCCCUGCUCAACUGGCGGGAUCCAAGGGCCACUGCUAUCUUUGUGACCUUCUGCUUGAUCGCUGCUGUGGUGCUGUACGUGGUGCCGUUUCGCAUGGUUGUGCUCAUUGCUGGGUUGUAUGUGCUGAGGCAUCCCAGGUUCCGCCGCCACGGGCUUCCAUCUGCUCCCCUGAACUUCUUCAGAAGGCUACCGGCGAAAACGGACAGCUUGCUGUGAGACCGUGCUGUGCAGGAAACAUGAGUGUUUUCCAGCAUCGGCGACGGCAUUGCAUGGAUGGAAUCUGAAAUGCGCAGACAAUGUUUCUUCAAGAAUUGUUAUCUUUUGUUGUAUGUUAAUUUAGACUUGAGACUUUGAUUUGUUCUGGAGUUGGCACCAGGUUAACCUGUUUGCCUGUGUUGUUUCGACAUGGAUUUUCUCCUUCUGUCAUCAUCGAAUUUCAGUUGUUAUAUGUUCGUGUUAUCUUGUUACCUGCAUC